AUGGCCGUGCUACCAGAGAUGUCGGCGACUACGGAAGAAGUUACGAUUGAGGACAUUCAGAUCGGUGAUCCCGAUGUGCCUCUCACCACAGAUCAACAACGGCUCAGAUCGCUGAUCUGGAAGAGCCGUCACCUCCUCAUGGGUAAAGGUAAUGCUCUACCACCAGCAGCACGAGGCGCGAUCUGUGAUAUUGAUGUCGAUGGGGCAGCACCGAUAGCGCAAAGAGUGCGUUCGGUCGCACCCAAAUAUCGGGAGAAGCUGUCAGAUCUCGUCAAAGGACUAUUAGCAGCCAAAAUCGUUCAGCCAUCCACGUCACCUUGGGCGUCUCCGAUAGUGGUGAUCAUCAAGAAGAACGGAGUGGAUAUUCGCCUUUACAUUGAUUAUCGAAGAGUUAACCAGCUGACGCGUCUGAUGGUUUAUCCCAUGCCGUUGAUCAGCGAUCUGUUGGAAGAUCUAAAUAAAGCUCUAUGGUACUGUUCGCUAGACAUGGCUAGUGGAUUUUGGGUCGUCGAAAUGACUGAACGAGCAAAACUGAUCUCAGCGUUUGUCACACCGUUUGGCUUGUUCGAGUGGCUGCGAAUGCCUUUUGGGCUUAAGAACGCGCCCCAGAUCUACCAACAUCUGGUGGACAAUGCGUUGUAUGGAUAUCUCAAGAUCGGUCAGAGAUCAGCCUCUGAUGGCCCGAUCGACGUGUUCAAAGAUGGAGAGCCUGAGACAGAUCUGUUGACGGUCAUCGGUUUCUACCAGUAUUGGUAA